UUGCUGAGGAUGAGAUAUUGAAAUUCUCAUCAUCAACAAUGCCAAGCACGCUUCAAAGAGCAAUUGGAGCAGUGAAGGACCAAACCAGCAUUAGCCUUGCUUUGGUCUCAAACACUACCUCCCCCUCCCUUGAAGUUGCUGUGCUCAAGGCCACCACCCACGAUGACGACCCCGUGGACAACAGGGUCGUCCACGAGGUCCUCCUCCUCCUCUCCUCCAACAAGUUCCACACCGCGGCCUGUGUCCGUGCCAUCGCCAAGCGCAUAGGCCGCACGCGGAACUGGAUGGUGGCCCUCAAGUCGUUGAUGCUCGUCCUCCGCAUCUUCCAGGACGGCGACCCCUACUUCCCCCACGAGGUCUUCCACGCCAAGAUCCUCAACCUCGCCUCCUUCCGAGACGAGUCGAGCUACACCAGCCGCUGGGACUUCACGUCCUUCGUCCGGACCUUCGCCCUCUACCUAGACGAGCGCCUCGACUGCUUCCUCACGGCCAAACUCCACGCCCACAACGGUAGGCGGCCUAGCGAGCCGGUUUUAGCUAUGAAACCGGCUAUGAUACUCGACCGGAUCGCGUACUGGCAGCGGUUGCUCGACCGGGCCAUCGCCACCCGCCCGACGGGCGAGGCCCGGGUCAACCGGUUGGUCCAAAUGUGCUUAUACGACGUCGUUUUAGAGAGCUUCGAUCUCUACAAAGACAUCUCUGAGGGGCUCUCACUCAUUCUAGAAGGCUUCUUCCACUUACAAAUCCAUAACUGUGUGAAUGCAUACCACGCUUGCGCCAAAGCUGCAAAGCAAUUCAAAGAGCUAAACAACUUCUACAAUUUGUGCAAAAGCAUAGGAAUUGGGCGCGAUUUCGAGUACCCAAGCGUUCAAUCAAUCUCGGAAGAUCAAAUUAAGGCUUUGCAAGAAUUCUUGAAUGAACAAUCUAUUUGUGAGAAAGCAAGAGAGGGGGAGAGAUCGUUAUCCGAGAUGGGAGCAUCGUGCGCCUCUCUACAAGAGCUAAUAAAUGCCACGCCACAACGAGACGAGGCAUUCAUGCUGAGUGAGACGGGCUCGGUCAGGUCCCUCCCCGUCUCCUACUCCAUGGUCGACCUCAUCUCGUUGUGGGAUGACUCAGACCUUGGCGAUCAACAACAAUUGCAUCACGAUUUAUCCAACAAUUGGGAAGUCGUGAUGGCAAAGACAUUAGCAUCAUCGCCGUCAUUACUACCAAUGUCCGACAAGACAGGCAACUUUUCGGACAAUUGGGAGCUUAUUUUAUUCGAACCAGAACCGGAACUGGAACUGGAACGGGAACCGGCAGCUCAACCGUGCCUACUACAAAGCUACACAAUGCCACCAAACAACUACUACAAUCCAUUCCUAGUGGAUGAUCCAAUGGAAGCACAAAGCCUUCAACGUGCGGUUACAUUGCCUACAAUUCCAAUUCAAUUUGAAGAUCAAACACCAUGUUUAGGUCAUGAUGCGAUGGAGCAAUUUUUGGUGUGUGAGCAGCAAAAGUGGUGGAUGAACCAAAACAAUGUCAUAGCCAAGUAUCUAACUUAGCUUAAGUAUAGUCGGUGGAGUUGAAGAAGAUGAGGCAAAAUUACAACCUCGAAUCUGACCAAUGCCUAAUUCAUCACUACUUACAAUUUUACUAAAGAAAGCAUUUUUGAGGAAAUUAUUUGUAUCUUGGUUUUGUUUCAAUUGACAUUGUUUAGGCUUGGUAUUCAAAUAGGGUUGGGUGUAAAUUGUGUGUUGAAUUUGUAUAUA